GUUGGAUACGCGUUCUGAAAAGUUUAAAAGUGAUCUAAAACAAGUUGAAAAAUCUUUUGUUCACUGAAUGAUGGACUACAUUUUGCAAGAGCUCCGUAAGACCGAUGCCGAUAUUGAGGAAAUCUUCCAUAAGGAAGGAAUCGAUGAAGUCAAUAUUUUCGUCGAUUUAAAUGAGCAAGACUUCGUUCGUUUGCGACUCAGAACAAAAACUAUUAAAGUUAUUCAGCGGCUUCAGAAGGAAUUUGAAUCGGCCUCAAUAGUGGAAGAAUAUAUCGUUGAGGAGUCAGGUGAGGACUGUGAACUUGGAGAUGUGAAGGUAGCACCAGUGUUUGAUUCAUCGGUGUCUUGUGCAUACCGGCAACCAGAGCAAGUACAUGUGGACGCCGAAAGAGAAGAUGAAGAAACACAAGAUAAUAAGACCCAAUCCAACCCUUACAAGGGAAUUCUCUUGGAAAAGAAAAUUAAUAUUGACAGAAUCUUUGAAAGGACGGACGAUGGGAUGCAGGUGAUGGAAUCAUUAAAACAAGGCGAAAAACCAAAUGACAAAAUGCUAACGCGCAUCAAAAAGCUUUUGUGCGAAUAUCUUCAACUGACCUACGGAAUGCGACCUUCGGCAUUUCACAAGAACAUUAUGGCGGUUUCUCUUGUGGAUACCUACCCAAUACUGAGAUCAACUACUCCAGACGUACCACAAGCGCUGUGGUUCUAUCCAAAUGCCAGAGGUCAACACCGCCACAGUGGCCGGUUGCACUACCAUCUAGAGUACCUCGUGCGAAAGUCAACGGACCGAAAAAUCCUUCGCGUCAAGAGAGUCGCCACGCCGACUGAUCCGUUGGGCGAAGGAAGCCUUCAAGCAUUUGCAUAUAAUAUCGAACAGAUGAUCGAAGAGCUAAAAUUUCUUUGCCCUGGUCCGAAUACCAGAAAACGUGCGGAAGAGUUAUGGGACAAUACUUUCGAGGAACGUAACAAGUUUCGAAAAACCGAAGAGUUUCACUUGUUUCUGAUGGAAUGCCCAGCAGCUACCGCUUUUGAUGGAUAUUUACUGAAACUCGAUUUUCUAAAGCUACACCCUCAAGCACGAUCUCUCGAAGAAGUAUUUGGAGAUUGGAGUCCCAGAAUAUUGGCUGCCUAUCCGGAGACAUUGCAGCAUAUCCCGAACGAGACAGUACGAGCAUUGGGGAUCAUAAGGAUGCAGAAUCCAAGUCGGGGUAAAAAGCGCCUACGAGACGAUACAAGCAGCUCACCCAGCGUAAAUCCGUUGUCUGGAAUCGUCGAAUGGUUGAAUGUUGAUGACCCAUUUCCUACGGCCCACCAUGAGCAUCCUGUGUUGUACGCUAGAGGAUCAUUUCCAGAAAAUCCAACUGGGGGAAUAAUAUCGUGGAGAGGUAUCACAAUCGAUCUCCAGAUGCCUUUUUUGGGGUUAUUUGAAACGCUUUGUCAAGCUUGGGCGGUUUUCAACGUUGAAUGUCGCCCAAGCGACAAACAAUUUUUUGUUUUUUUAUCAGCUGUUUUGAUGGGUGUGGGAAAUAUCACAACGACAGGUGAAAAAUUCCUGCGCCGCUUGAAUUAAAGAACACUAACCUUGACACUAACAAUGUGUGCCUGAAUAUAAAUAAAUAAAACAUUUUUCAAUGAUUGUUUUUUUUUUAGAGAAAAUUGCAAGAAACAAGCGUUGCUUGUAUCGAGGCUUGUAUUUUUCGAAUAAAUCUGCAUAAGUCGUCGUUCAUAUUUAUAUUUCAUGCCAAGGUAUUUAUGUACAUUGAUUAGGUAUACUGUCCAGUCGGUAAAAUAUUUUCAAAAAUACAAAUCCCCAUUUACUGACUUUCUCAGCUAUGUUCAGAUAAACAAACAACCGUUAUUACUGAUUUUAUUGUUUAUUUGACAUUUCUGGUUUUUGCUGAAAACUCGGUUAUGUAAAAUAUUGCUGUUGAAAUUACUGGGUGAUCCGUAGUCCAAAAACUCAGUAAAAUUUUACCGACUUCGGUAAAAUAAAGUA